UCGCUGCGCGCGGAGGAGCUGUACGUUGCGCGGUCGGGGGCGGCGGCGGGGGCGGAGGACGUCGAGGACGCGAGCGAGGAGGACGAGGUGGUGGCGGCGGGUGGGAGCCUGCGCGGGCCCCGCUUCGAUGCCAGCGCCUCCAGGAACGUGACGGCGCUCGGCAUGUCCGGAACGUGCAAAUGGCCGAAACCACACACGACGCAGCAGCUCGGCGCCGUCCCGAGCGCUACGUGCCCUUCCCUCGGGGUUUCCCCGGAACGGUGGCGCGGGCACGAUAGCUGUGGCGAACGGUGGAAACACGCCUUGCAGUGGGACCUGCCCUGGGGCAUUCAGACGGAAGUUAUUCGAAAAAUCCAAUACAGCAAGACUGGGAUCGGCGUGGGGGCGAAGCUAGGCGUGGGCGCUGUGAGGGGUGGGAAUCGGAACUUCGACCAGGGCGAGGGCGGGCAGGAAUGGAUACAUGAAAUU